AAAAGUUUCGGCGCAAGAAAAACUUUAAGGCAGAGAGAGACUUGCUCAGACUGUGGAGAGGGAGAAUGACCCUGCAGGGGGACCAGCUGCCGCUCCAGUGAAAACAUGGAGUCCUGUCCAGGCGGCGGAGGAGCAGGAAGGUGGAGGCUCCGUCACGUCGUCCCGGUCGUCCUGCUGUGGAUGACUCUGCACAGGCACGUGCUGGGCUGCAGCUCCACGAACUGUAACAUGGUGCUGACGGAGGCCCAGGGGGAAUUCACGUCACCCUGCUACCCCCAAAAAUACCCCAAUUCGCAGGCCUGUAAGUGGACCAUGCAGGCCCCCGCCGGCUUCAUCAUCCAGCUCUCCUUCCUUGACUUUGACCUGGAGGAGGCACCGGGCUGCAUCUACGACCGGGUCGUGGUGAACACGGGAAACACAGACGUUAAGUUCUGCGGUCUGACGGCCAACGGGCUGACGCUGAACUCGACGGGGAACGUGAUGGAGCUGUCCUUUACCUCCGAUUUCAGCGUGCAGAAGAGGGGGUUCAGUGUUAGCUUCCGACACGUUGCCGUGGCCCUGAGGAACCAGAAGGUCAGAAUCUCCAACGGCAACGGCCACGUCACCGAGGUCUCCGACUCUGUUUCCAUACCGACGCUCAGUCACCUGACGCUGUGCUUCGAGGUGGAACGCAGCAGCCAGAAACAGAAGGAGUGGAUCUUCACCUACUACGACAGUGAAAACGAUGUGGCGUUGAGUUUGGGCUCUGACCAGACGGGCAUGAAGAUGAUCAUUGACGGAGUGGCCUGCCCGAUCGACUCCAUCAUCUCCUCCUCCGACUUCACUUCCUCCAUGAAGCCUUUCUGUUUUCUGUGGACGUCAUCAAACGGCCGGGUGGCGGUCUACUUCAAUGGAAACUACUGGGCCAAGACCUGCUCCUCCUCUAGUGGGCGCUCUGUGCCAGCUGGUGGACUGUUCCGGUUAGGAGGGCAGCACAGCUUCAACGGGAACAUCUACAACCUCCGGCUGUGGGAUUACGCCAUGACGAUGCAGCAGCUCAACGCGCUAAGCUGCGACACGGUGGGGAACGUCAUCGACUGGGACAACAGCCACUGGACCAUCCCGUCCAGUCUGGCCCAGACGGAUGCCACGCUCAGCUGCAGUGUCUCCCCACCCAGCAACACACCACUCACCACCAGCUGUGACUCCCCUGGACUGGGCUGCCCAGAGGGGUUGUUCUACCGGAUUUCUUUUGUGGUGGUAGACGGUGGCGCGGCGCUGCCCCAGGCGGAUGUUGAGCGAGCUGUGGCUCUCUGGCUAAAUCAAACCUUCCAGAACUGGACCCAUGCAGUCUACGUAGACUCCAUCAGUGUCCAGCCUGGUUUGCAGAGUGGAGGAAACCCGACAAGUUACGCCUGCCAGGCCCUGCUGGUUUAUUAUUACACCACCAAUCAGAGUCUGAGCGAAGCCGCCGUGUCCGCCAGGCUGUCCGGCAGCGAGGGACUGAUGGGUGCCGGCCUGCAGGUCCGACCCGCCUCCACUGAUGUCGGAUUGAUCGAAAACUGUCCGGAGGAGAAUCCGCUCCACUACCGCUGGCCUGAGAGCCGACCCACCGUCACCCAGUACCUGCCCUGCUUCCCCAACAAGGACCAGAGCUCCUCCAGGACCUGUUUGAUCAACCCACAGAACUUCUCGUCCUACUGGUCGGCUGCAGACCUCAGCAACUGCACGGACAUCGACACCAUCCAGGUGUCAGCAGAAAAUGCCGCUGAGGUGGCCGUUCAACUCGCCGACAUCACCAACAACGAGCUGUCCAAUGAGGAGGUGUCCAAAGUGGUGACGAAGGUGAAGCAGCUGGUGAACGUGGCCAAGAUCAACACCACGUUAGCCUCCACCGUCGUCACCAUCAUCUCCAACGUGAUGACCAGCUCGGAGACGGCGCUGGCUGCCACCUCCGAGAAAGCUCUGAAGACAGUAGAUGAGCUGGUUCAGAAGAUCGAGUUCGAGGGUUCGUCCAUCACCAUCACCUCCAGACACCUGGCUCUGGGGAUAUCGGCCCUCAACGCCACCGUGUUCAACGGGACGUCCUUCAGCGCCUUCAUAGCUCCAAAUACCACCGAGCCACAGAUUGAUUUUAGAUUGGAGAGGAUUAACCCUUUAGCUCAGGUCACCCUGCCGGCCUCUCUGCUGUCCAGCGUCUCCCUGAGCGAAGCCGACAGAUCGUCUCUGUCCAGGAUCAACUUCAUGUUCUUCAGCAGCACCAACCUGUUCCAGAAAGAGCAGGACGGUCGCUCUUUAAACAGCUACGUGGUGGCCAGCAGCGUGGGGAACUUCUCCAUCAGCAACCUGAUGGAUCCGGUCGAGAUUGAGAUCGCUCACCUCUCUGAACAGCCCUCCCUGAAUCCAGUCUGUAUGUUCUGGGACUUCAGCAUGAACAGUGGUGCUGGAGGUUGGAACGGAGAAGGCUGCAGAGCAUCCGAAGAAUCCACCAGCAACAAAACCAUCUGCCUCUGUGACCACCUGACACACUUUGGCAUCCUCAUGGACAUUUCAGGAGCUUCGCCCCACAUAAACGAGAAAAACAACAAGAUUCUGACCUUCAUCACCUACAUCGGCUGCGGCAUCUCCGCCAUCUUCUCUGCUGCCACGCUGCUCACCUAUAUCGCCUUCGAAAAACUACGGCGUGACUACCCCUCCAAGAUCCUGAUGAACCUCAGCACGUCUUUGCUGUUCCUGAACAUGGUCUUCCUAUUGGACGGCUGGCUGGCAAGUCUGGAAACUGAUUGGCUGUGCCUGUCCGUGGCCAUCUUCCUGCACUACUUCCUGUUGACCUCCUUCACCUGGAUGGGACUGGAGUCCAUCCACAUGUACAUCGCUCUGGUCAAAGUCUUCAACACCUACAUACGGCGAUACAUCCUCAAGUUCUGCAUCGUCGGUUGGGGUCUCCCUGCUGUGUUGGUGGGGAUUGUUGUUGCUGUUGAUAAAAACUCUUACGGCCUGCAGGAGUACGGCAAAGGAGAGUCCGGAGAGGGAUCCUCAGAGUUCUGCUGGAUCCAGAAUUCGGUCGUCUUCUACACCACCUGCGUCGGUUACUUCUGCGUGGUGUUUCUGCUGAACGUGGCCAUGUUCAUCGUGGUGAUGCUGCAGAUCUGCGGCCGCAACGGCAAACGCAGCAACCGCACGCUGCGAGAGGAGGUUCUACGAAACCUGCGGAGCGUCAUCAGCCUCACCUUCCUGCUGGGUAUGACGUGGGGCUUUGCCCUGUUCGCCUGGGGGCCUGUCAACCUGGCCUUCAUGUACCUCUUCUCCAUCUUCAACUCGCUGCAAGGUCUGUUCAUAUUCAUCUUCCACUGUGCCUUGAAAGAAAACGUCCAGAAGCAGUGGAGGAGGUACCUCUGCUGUGGACGGUUCAGGCUGUCGGACAACUCAGACUGGAGUAAGACGGCCACCAACAACACCAAGAAGGUGAGCUCAGACAACCUGGGCAAGUCCCUGUCCUCCAGCUCCUUCGGCUCCAGCACCGCCAACUGGACCUCCAAAGCCAAAGCUACGCUCAACCCGUUCACCAAGCGACACAGCAACACAGAUAAAUGUUACUCCAACCAGACCAGCCCCAAGUGCGUCUCCUCAUCCCCUUCCUCCUCAGAUUUGCAGCCCAACUCCUCUUCCUCCUCCAUCCUCCCUGUCAGCCAGAUGAUCGACAAGAUGAAAGAUUACUGCUCCACACGCUCCGACAACUUCUACAAGAACAUCAUCAUGUCUGACAGCUUCGCCCACAGCACCAGGUUCUAGAGCUUUCCAGAGUGCUGGGACAGACCUUCUGGAGCCCCAACUCCAAUUUCAGAACUGCCCAAAACAUUCUAGAAAAUUUUGAGACGCCAUCUCCCCGGCAGCUUUACUGACAGAGGAGGUUUCCCUUGAAGGUUCCAAUAUGAAGGGUUGUGGAACUGCCCACAAUAUUAUUUAUGACUUCUCUUUUGUUCUGGAACUGCCGCCCAACAUUCUAGAACCUUUCGUUUAUUGGAAUUACCCUAACGUUCUAGAAGUCUCUGACAGCCUCAGCCAUACAUGAGAGUUCUAGAAUUCCAAGGGCCAUUACCAAAACUUGUCUGACAUUCUUUGUUUUGGAACUGCUCCCGACCUUCUCGACCUCUCUGACAGCCUCAACAGUUUAGAAUCCUUUGUGUUCUAGAACUGCUCCAGCAUUCUACAAGUCUUUCUCAGCUUCUGCCACAAAGGAGGGUUCUAGAAGGGGUUCCAAGGGCUGUUAUAGAAGCCCCUCCAACACUUUAGAACCCUCCCUGACCAACACUCUAAAACUCUCCUGGCCUGUCACAGAUGUGGAACGUGUUCUAGAGCGAUUGUUUUUCUCACCACUGUCUCUCUCCUGUCACCUAGAAUGCUUGGAUCCUUCCCACCAUCCUCGCUUGCCCCUCGAACUUUGAGUCGUAAUCCCUUUAUCAAUUUUGUUGUGUUUGUGUUUCAUCAUGCACAUUGUUGGCAGACAUAGCUAUUGUGGGAGCCCCAGUUUUAAAUGUCAUUUUCAUUGGACUGAUCAGCAAAUAUUCAAGAUUUCUGUCUGUAGCAAGUCUUCACAAUUUAUUAGGAGCUGGUUGCUUUGAGUGACAGAACACUAAUUUGAAGUUUUCCUCAGUGCCAAAGCAGCAUAUACAGUGUGCAGUAAAAAAUGCAUGAACAGCUACGUGAUUUAAACCAGAGCCACCAUCUUAAUGCACUGUUUGCUUUGUAUGAAAAUGUUGACUAAUCAAGAAAAAUCUGCCUUUUCAUUCAUAAUGCUCCAAAGGCAGCUUGCAGCAAGCUGCUAAAAACCCAGAGACCAUGUUAUGAUAAUCACGGACAAAAAGGUGCAAAUUGUGGUUUUAAAUAGUCAUGGGGUGUCUGGCAGCUACGGAGUGGUCAGAGAACAGUGAUGCGAUUCUACUGUAUGAUAUCAAAUUAUACAAUCUGCUGACCUGGCUGCCAGACUGUGGAACGAAGAGGAAAUGAAAGGGAACAGAGAGGGGAGGAAAGGAUUAACACAAGCUGGGAGGGCAGAGAAGAGGAAAAAAAGUUCUGGUAGACAAAAAGUAGGCAGUUAUGUCUUGGUGUUUUUUAAUACUGUGAUGCUUGUUUAUACUGGCUGUGUGCAUGUAUGUGUGGAGCCAUAUCCUAUGUAAAUAUUGAUGAUCUAUCUAUCUAUGUGCCUUAUUCUAUAGUGUAUAAUGUGUCCAGAUGGUUGCUUUUGUUCAUGCUUCCUUGGGGUCCUGGAAGGGUCACCUGGACUGUACAUACAAACCAAUGCACACUUCAACUGCUCAAACUGUGUCAGCAAAGUCUACUACCUGUUUCAUCUCAGUGAGAAACAGUUCAUGGGAAAAAUCAUAGAUGAAUCAUGGACGAAUAGAACAGAAUGCAACAUAAUAGUUUGUCUUCCACCUGAAAGCGACAGACCAGUGGCUCCAGAUGUAACUCUAAAAGAUUUUAAAUAUGUAAAACAUAUUUACGUUCUAUUAUAAUGUACAUUAUUAUGAAAAAGCUGAUAUUCCUGACACACCUUUUGAACUCGACUCUGAACAUCUCUUGAAGCUUUGCCACGGAUCUGACUUAUCCCACAGUUCCCGUCCAACUGGGGUUGUUAAAUAAAUAAAAAAUGACAUUACAAUCGUAUGCCAUUUUUAACGGUUGUAAUGGUAUUUUCUCUCUUCAGACACUUUUCUGUUAAGACUGAAGCUCUCUACACUCACCAUCAAACUGUGAGAUAAUUGUUGGUGGUUUGAGGAUCAAUUCUAAAAGCCAAGUCUAAUGCCAGUGGCCACUGAAGCUCUGCUCCCUGUGCACGUCAGCCAAAGUUUAGCAAUCACGCAGGGUGUCAUUUAUGGCAGCCGCAUUACUGUUCAAGUGAGGAAUCUUGUUUGUGUUCAAAUUAUAUAUUUUUUUAUUCAACAAUUGGUAAUAGUUUUGUUUUUGAGAUAGCAAAAAGAAGUUCUGGCAUGAAGAAAGACCCUACUGUGCAGCUGCCAGGAUUACAUUAUUAUCACCUUAACAGCUACUUGAGCCAGCCUUGCACAUAGUUUGGGUUUAAGUCAGCUGGGACGGUGCCGUCCACCACCCAAAUGCAGGAGGUGAACAGAAAUGCAGUUGUGAUGAAAAACUCAAGAGCAACAUGUCUUUCCUGAAACAAUGUCCAGAUACUUUACAGAUGCGUCAAUGGACGUUUCAGAUAUUUUACCAAGAAAGUAGUCCAGUGGAAUCUGUUCAAAAUCGGUUUGCUACCAAAAGCAGUGAGAAAAUCUGUUUUUGUAAUUUUGGUGGAAUGACCCUUUAAUGAAACAUAUGUGCAAUGUGAGUCUCAAGGAAUGAGCCCAAGCUCUUUUAUUUCGUCAUUUAUCAAAAAUAAUCCAUCAUUUGUUUAUCAAAUAUUACACACAAUUCACUCAAAGUCAAAAUAUCAGUAUCAGGUGUGUCCCCUUUAUUCCAUCACUUUAUAAUAUUAAAGCUACAGCAUUUGCAUUUGAUUUGUGGAAUGCUUUGAAAGUCAACACUUCCUACCCUUCUCCACAUUUCAGACCAGCCCGUCAACAAGUCUUGAAGCAUAAUUGGGCUCAAAAUCCUGUUUGUAAAUGAAUCAUUUUCCGUAAAUUUGAAGCCAGAAAGGUUGGCAUGCCUCUGAGAGAAUAAUGAGGUUCCUCUGUGGACUUCUGCAUGCAGCUGUUUCCUCACGUAAGUUCUCCAACGGCAACUAUCAGGUCUAAAGUUGAAUUGAUGUGCAAACAAGAGUUUCCUCCGCUCAUCAGCAGUGACUGCUGGGCCCAUGCAGAGCAUUUAGUCAUCAGCAAAGAGGUUUGGAAAAUGUUUCUGUCCCAUUAAGGCUGCAGUUUGCCAGUUAUCUUGUAUUAACAGCAGCAGGAUGUUCUGUUAAGCUGCAUUUGUAUCGUAGGCACCUUCAAGAUGUUGAGUUGCUAUAUCACUGAAACUGACUUGAUGUACUGCUGUGGUCAUUUUGGGGUUUUGUUCAGAUUUCAUUUGGGUGAAAAAGGAAUAGUUUGUAAAAAUCGCUUGACCAUUUGUUGCACUGCCUCAUUAAAAACUUUUAAUUUAGCUUUGCUUUGGUAUAUGGUAUAUUUUUCCAGUAUUAAAGAGAACAGUUGUUAAUCACACUUUAUUUUAUUGGUCCAGUACUUCCGAAUAGUGGCUGAUAUGUUUUCAGACAUGAUUCCUGUGGGACUCCUCCGGGGACUGGAGUCAAUUUCACUAUUACGUGACUGGGACAGGACAGGAAA